AUGCAGUGGAAUAUCCUUGCCCAGGGUUUCAUUCCUCUAGAUGAAUUUGUUCAUUGUCCCAGUGUACUUUUGGAUGUGGAUACGCGCAGCGCCCAAAUCGCGGCUGAAAUUAAUCGCUUCACUCCAGAUGUCAUAUGCCUCCAAGAGGCUGAUAUUCAUGAACUCAUCAUUCGACAACUAAAUACGACUCGUGAUAUAUACGAAUUACAAUUUCGACCGAAAGAAAAUUCUCCGUGUUUAGGUAUCCCGGGUAACAUGGGGCCCGAUGGAGUGGCCAUUAUUUUUCGAUCAGACCGCUUUGUUCUAGUUCGUUGCGAGGACUUACCACUUGACGAAGCAAGUGGUCGUACUGCCUUGUUAUGUACCCUGAGACCAAAGGAUCCCAAGCUUUUUGAGCAGUUCCCGCUGAUCUAUAUAGUCUCAGUGCAUUUAAAGGCUAAAGUACAUUUUUCGGCGGUCAGAUUGAGCCAGGGCACCUUUUUGUGCAAUGCCCUCCGCACGCUUUCCAACCGGGCACGAAUGAACAACAGUUCCAUUCCCCCACUGUUUGUUUGUGGUGACUUCAACGCAGAGCCUCAUGAGCCCGUGAUUCAACUUAUGCAGGAUAUGGCCUGUCCUCACGGUUGGGAGUUGCGAAGUGUGUAUUCCGAGGCCUAUGGAGGCAGUGAACCAGAUUACACUACGUGGAAAAUUCGCAGCGGGAGAAGACUGGCUGAACUAGAAGAGGCAUGUCAUACAAUUGACUACAUUUGGUAUUCUUCGAAUGUGCUGAGGCCUCUAGGUGCAUGGUCUCUUCCGACUAAGGAAGAAAUUGGCCCCCAGGGUCUUCCUUCAACAAUUUUUCCUUCAGACCACCUGAAUCUCGUGGCUGAUUUUGCGCUGGAGCGCGUAACGGCGACUUAA